AUGGUUAAUUCCCCCAAGCCUGUGGUGCGAGGAACCAGAGGAAGCCCACCCAGGAAUACCCUAAAAAAUAUUCCUGAAGUCGCCGCUGCACAAAAUGAUGGCUUUGCUAUCGGUAUAUGGCUGGUUAAUCAAACUGAGAAGACAAUCAUCUGGACCGCAAAUCGAGAUGACCCACCUGUCUCCUCCAAUGCUACACUGAACUUAACUAUUGAUGGUAAACUGCUGCUUAUAACAGAGCAAGGCAGAGAACUUUCGAUUAUUGAUGUGGAUCAGGAAGACCGACCUGCAACUUCAGCUGCUAUGCUUGAUUCUGGUAAUUUUGUGCUCUACAAUCAUUCCAAUGUAAUUAUCUGGGAUAGCUUUGAUUUUCCAACUGACACCAUAACAGGGGGUCAGAAUAUCUCUAGUGGCUAUAACUUGGUUUCGAGUGUGUCUAUAUCAGACCACUCGAGUGGAAGCUAUUCCCUUAAUAUGCAGAGUGACGGAAACCUCGUAGCCUACCCCGUAUACAGCUCAGAUGACUCGAAUGAUGCAUAUUGGUCUUCAGGUGCUAAUAAUGAAGAUUACUAUGGCCAGCUCACUCUAACUCGGUUAGGCGUUCUAUUCCUUUCCGGGAGGUUUGGAGGGCGAAUUUUGGCAAAUAGCUCAUAUCCUGACAAGAAUGGAAUUACAAUCUACCGCGCAACACUUGAUGCAGAUGGGAUUUUUAGAUUGUAUUUACACCACUUUAAGAGCGAUAAUAGCUCAAGUAUGUUAAUGAAGUGGUCGGCUCUGCAUAAUCAAUGUGAAGUCAGCGGUUUCUGUGGACUUAACAGUUACCGCUCAGGCAUGGGUAGCAAAGCUAACUGUAACUGCUAUCCUGGAUUUGAUUUCAUCAACACCAGCAACAAGUUCCUGGGCUGCCACCAGAGCUGCAAUGAAGAUGAUUGCAUACGCAGUGAAGAUCCAUCAAUGCUAUGCAAUAUCACUUCUUUACAGAAUGUGUGGUGGAGCGAUCAUCCUUAUUCAGUUAUACCAAUGGAAGAAGAAGGUUGUGGCAAGUCUUGCCUGGAAGAUUGCAAUUGUGGAGCAGUAUUGUAUGCGGGUGCUAAAUGCAGCAAAUAUAAGCUUCCGCUUAGAUAUGGUAGAAUAAAAAAUGCAAACAAAUCAACUAUGGCUUUCUUCAGGGUAAGUAAUGGAAAUACAGAAAUUUUAGACUGUCCCCGUCAAGUCCAUAAAGUCUUAAUUGAAAGCAAGAGAAGUCUGAUUUUGAUACUUUCUAUAAUUUUGGGUUUAGUUUUAUGCUUGUGCUUUGUUUUGGCAACCUCUACCAUCUUGGUGUACAGGCACAAAUUUGACAGGUACAGAAAACUGUCAGAAAACGUGAACUUGGGAUUAGCUGAGGAGUUUACUUUGCAGCCAUUUUCUUACAACGAGCUUGAGAUUGCUACAGAUAGCUUCAAGGAAGAGUUAGGUAGGGGUUCAUUUGGAGCAGUUUAUAGAGGGACUAUAUCUAAGGGUGACAAAAUUAUUUCUGUAAAGAGACUUGAGAAUGCUGUGGAAGAAGGGGAACGGGAAUUUCGGGCUGAAAUUACUGCAAUUGCACGAACUCAUCAUAAAAACUUGGUUCGAGUCCUUGGUUUUUGUAUUGAGGGACCCAGGAAGCUUUUAGUUUAUGAGUACAUGAACAAUGGCUCACUUGCAGAUCUGAUCUUCAAUUCUCAGAGGCCCCCAGUUUGGAAAGAAAGAAUAAGAAUUGCACUAGAUGUGGCCAGAGGUCUUCUCUAUCUGCAUGAAGAGAGCGAAGUCCGUAUUAUCCAUUGCAACAUAAAGCCUCAAAACAUACUCAUGGAUGAUAAUUGGAUAGCAAAGAUUUCCGAUUUUGGUUUUGCAAAACUACUUAUGUCAAAUCAAUCAAAAGCCACAAUGGGUGCGGAAGGGACAAGUGCAUACCUAGCACCUGAAUGGGAAAGGAAUCCCUUAAUAUCUUUACAAACCGAUAUAUACAGCUUUGGAAUUGUGCUUUUGGAGAUUGUCUGUUGUAGAAGAAGCAUUGAAGUAAAUGUUUCGGCCGCAGAUGAGAUAAUUCUUUCGAACUGGGUAUAUAACUGCUUUGCUGCAGGAGAGUUGGCCAAGCUUGUGAGAGAUGAAAAUGUAGACACCAUGACAUUGGAAAGAAUGGUGAAGGUGGGCUUGUGGUGUGUUCAAGAAGAUCCAGCUUUGCGCCCUUCCAUUAAGAAUGUAAUCUUGAUGUUGGAGGGAACAAUAGAAAUUCCAGUUCCUCCAUCGCCAGUUCAUUCCAUUGUUGUUCAUUGAUAUGUGUAAUCUAGUUGAUGUAUCCUAGAGGUGGUAAUC